AAAAACGUACUUGGCAAUAAAACCCUUUCUGAUUCUGAUUCUGAUUCUGAUGUUCCCAACUGCCCGGGAGUUUGUGAAACAGCUGACAGUUUCCUCAGUCCCUCCGUCUCUUUCUCCGGGAAAUGAAGCUGCCCUCAAGUGCACUUAGGGGGUUAAAAAAAAACAGGAUGUCACACAAAUGGGCCAUUUCAAUGACACUCCCCCUUGCUGCACAACCCUGCAGUGAAUCACCGGAUCCUCUUUUGCUGGUGUGAACAUGCCCAAAAAAAUGUCAGGUGUUUUAACUCCCUCGCCAAAAGUAAACAUCUAUCAUGUAAAUGUCUCAUUAGAGCUGCAUGUUUAGCCAACAGUAACCUGUUGAACAGAUCUUCCCUUUAAGUGCUGUGAUGAUCUGAUGGAUUGAAAAUAUUCUUGUUUACGUCUCAACUUUGACUAAUGGGCCUCAAAUUAGACUCUAUCAAGAAGUUUAGUUAAAGUAAAGUAAGUAAAAUUAUUGGGGCUGCCUCUUUACAUAAAAUAAAAAAGACAGAGAAAAAGAACUCUGCUUUGAAAAGAGAAAACAAACAUCCUGGUGAAAAUGAAAGUAAAUGUAUGUGGUUUCUGGUCCGGUGUGAUGAAGGGAAAUGUAUGUUAUGUGGGGGAGGGUCAGUUAUUGACAUUUACAGACAGCUACAUAACUUACACGCUUACAUUACGCUCACUUUGUUCCAGUACAACAACGCAGGAAUGGGGGGAAAAAACACAAAACCUGAAGAACCUCCACUUUUCAACAAACCAUGGAGGGAAAUAAACUGGAGAGACAACCAGAGUGCCCUGCAGUAUGUGAAGGACUACAGACCUCAGACUGACGGCCAGCUGCUCAGGAUUCUUCUUCAUGGUCCGGUUGGAGCUGGAAAGUCCAGUUUCAUCAACUGUGUUCAAAGUGUCUUACGCGGCCGUAUGUACGCACACGCUUUGGCAGACAACACCACUCACGACUGUUUCACGAAAAGAUACAGAACCUUCAAGAUCCAAAAUGAAAGACCAGAUACCUUUUACCCUUUUGUCUUUAAUGACAUCAUGGGCCUGGACAAAGACAUAUACAAAGGCGUCCAUGUGGACGACGUCAAACUGGCUAUGAUGGGAAAAGUGAAGGAAGGUUACAGGUUCAAUCCUGAAUCAAUGAUGUUAGAUGAUCCUUUCUACAACGAACAUCCAACUAACAACGACAAAGUGCACGUUCUGGUUUGUGUCGUUGAUGCCAACAAAUUAUCUUUCAUUAGUGACGAAGCUGUGGAGAAAAUUCGCACAAUAAGGAUUGAAGCCAGUAAACUGAAUAUUCCUCAAGUGGCCAUUCUCACAAAGAUUGAUGAGGUCUGUCCUGAACUCAACGAAGAUUUAAAAAAUAUCUACAUGGUCAAGUCCCUGAAGGCAAAGAUGGAGGAGAUCAGUGCCAAAGUGGGAAUUCCCAUGAACUGCAUCUUCCCUGUGAAGAACUAUGAUUCAGAAAUUGACCUCAACAAUGACAUUGACUCACUGAUCCUGAGCGCAAUGAAACACAUCAUCAACUUGGGAGACGAUUGCAUCAACUUCAUCAAAAGCAUGGGAGCAGAACACUCCAGAUUUGGAGCAGCCCUAGCUCCUCCAAUUCUCAGCAAACCAUGGAGGGAAAUAAACUGGAGAGACAACCAGAGUGCCCUGCAGUAUGUGAAGGACUACAGACCUCAGACUGACGGCCAGCAUCUCCGGAUUCUCCUUCAUGGUCCGGCUGGAGCUGGAAAGUCCAGUUUCAUCAACUCUGUCCAAAGUAUCUUACAUGGCCGUAUGUACGCACAUGCUUUGGUGGACAACACCUCUCACGACUGUUUCACAAAAAGGUACACAACCUACAAGAUAAAAAAAGGCCCAGCAACCUUUUACUCUUUUGUCUUCAAUGACAUCAUGGGCCUGGAUCCAAUCAAAGGUGUCCCUGUGAACGAUGUCAAACUGGCUAUGAUGGGACACGUGAAGGAAGAUUACAGGUUCAAUCCUGAAACAAUGUUGUCAGACAACGAUCAAUUCUACAACAAAUAUCCAACUGAAAACGAUAAAGUGCACGUUCUGGUUUGUGUCAUUGAUGCCAACACAGUUCCUCAAAUGAAUGAAAAAACUGUGGAGAAGAUUCGCGACAUCAGGAUUGAAGCCAGAAAACUGAGGAUUCCUCAAGUGGCCAUUCUCACCAAGAUUGAUGAGGUCUGUCCUGAAAUCAAAGACGAUUUACAGAAUGUCUACAAGAUGAAGUACGUGAAGGAAAAGAUGGAGGAGUUCAGUGCCAAAGUGGGAAUUCCCAUGAACUGCAUCUUCCCUGUGAAGAACUACGAUGAAGAAAUCGACCUCAACAGUGACGUUGACACACUGAUCCUGAGCUCCAUUAAACACAUCAUCAACUUCGGAGACGACUGCAUCAACUUCGACAAGGAUCAGUCUGAAGGAUGAGUCUGACUAGGUUUGAUCAGAGCAUAAAAAGGCGAUAUUUCAUGAUGUCAAAAAAAACUACCUGCGACACUUUCCAGCAGGAUUUCCAACAAUCUUUUUGCUUACUGCACCAUUUGUGUUUUACUUUAAAGCAUGUGUGUCAAACUCAACUUCUCUGAAGGCCACAGUUGAGUUUAUUGACAUGCUUUUAUUCCAAAAAAGUCAAAUAUCUUUGCCUGUAUUAUUGCAUGUCUCAUAUAGUCUUCUCACGUACAGUUUGGUCUACAAUGCUCUAAAAGAGUGAGAAAAAGAAGUUCCUUAGUCAUCAUAGAUUUAAGCAAAUCAAGCAAAACAGAAAUUACAUUUUUAAUAGCAGCGACCACACAGCUGACAGCUGAAUUUCUGCAGUCUGAAAAAACAGUUUAGGCAGGCCAAAAUGUAUUCUGAAACUAAAUUAAUAUGCAGGCCGGAUCAAAAUCUACGAGGGGCUGAGUUCGGCCCGCAGGCCAUGAGUUUUUUUUUUCUCAGUUUAUUUAAAUAGGGACAGAUACAAAAAACAUAGAUUAUUACAUAAAUAACAAUCCGAUGCCUGUAUCACAGUGUUUAUAGCAGAGUUUGACACAUAUGCUUUAAAGCACAUGAAAACAUGGCUACAAAUCUCAGUAACAUGAAAUAUUCAUGACUAAAUAAGCAGCCAUAAAGUAAAAAACAACAUAUAAGAUACAUAAGAAGUUCAACACUCAACCGCUCAGUUAAUCUGCUUUGUUAGGAACGUGUAAAUUUGGUUUUAUUACAUUUAAAUUUCCUAUGACAUGAAAUAUGUAACAUAUUUUUUAAAGUGAGGAGAGCACAGACAAAAAGUUUCUCACGUAAAUUGACUGAAAUUGUUCUUACUUUGUAUAUUAUGUGUUAAUGUAAGAAUUCAUCACUUAUAAUUUGAAAAUAAUAAGUUUUCAGGACCUUUCAUUUGUUGUAUCUUCAAUAAUCUAACAGAGCGAUUAGUGUCUCCAUCUUUAUAACUAGUUUUGUUUAGGGCAUUAACAAUUAACUUAAUUUUGUAACCCGCAUAACUUUAUAUUAUUUAUACAGAUCCCAAACAUACCAAAUAGUUCAGGCAGCAUCUAUAAAACCAAGUCUUGUGUUAUAAUAUUUCACUCAAUGUAACCAACAUGUAGCUUCAAUAACCAGCUAAAAUACAAUAAAUCUGCUUUUUCAACCUUCAA